AUAAAUAGAAAAAAAAGUCAAGGUUCUUUAUCUUCACGGGUUUUUCGGUGUGAUUUUUCAGUUUCAUUGAUUGCAGGAAUUUACCUACAUAUUCCUAUCAAAUAGAAUUAUAAUCAUAUUUACAUCAUAAUAAAAUUGUUGUUUUUCAACGCAGCGCCAAUGGCGUCAAUAUCGUUCGCGAAAAAUUUAGUCAAUCCAGCUCUCAAAUUAGUUUUCAAAACGAGUCCAUGCUCUCAACUCACAAAAUGUAAUGGUUUGCCUAGUCUGACACCAUUGAGUAUAGUGCUCCGGAGAAAUUAUGCUGAGAAACAGGUUUUUGAAAGAACUAAACCUCAUUGUAAUGUCGGGACUAUUGGCCACGUCGAUCAUGGAAAGACUACAUUAACUGCAGCCAUUACUAAAGUAUUAGCUGAUCUCAACCUUGCUCAGAAGAAGGGUUAUACAGACAUUGAUAAUGCUCCAGAAGAAAAGGCCCGUGGUAUCACAAUCAAUGUGGCUCAUGUGGAGUACCAAACAGAAAACAGGCAUUACGGACACACAGAUUGCCCUGGUCAUGCCGACUAUAUUAAGAACAUGAUAACAGGAACGGCUCAGAUGGAUGGUGCCAUCCUAGUGGUUGCAGCAACUGAUGGUGUAAUGCCGCAGACCAGAGAGCAUUUACUCCUAGCCAAACAGAUUGGGAUCCAGCAUGUGGUGGUCUUCAUCAACAAAGUAGAUGCAGCCGACCAGGAAAUGGUGGAACUUGUAGAGAUGGAAAUCAGAGAGUUGAUGUCUGAGAUGGGAUAUGAUGGUGACAAUGUUCCUGUAAUCAAAGGCUCUGCAUUGUGUGCCUUGGAUGGUAAAAGUCCUGAAAUAGGCGCAGAUGCGAUCUCCCAGCUGCUUAAAGAAGUAGAUGCAUACAUCCCAACACCAGCUCGUGAAUUAGACAAGCCAUUUCUCUUGCCUGUUGAGUCUGUGCACUCCAUCCCUGGUCGUGGAACUGUUGUCACUGGACGCUUGCAUAGAGGUGUCUUAAAGAAGGGGACUGAAUGUGAAAUUGUUGGACAUGGCAAAACCAUGAAAACAACUGUUACUGGAGUUGAAAUGUUCCACAAGACCCUUGAAGAGGCUCAGGCGGGUGACCAACUCGGAGCUCUUGUCCGUGCUGUAAAACGUGAACAGAUCAAGCGUGGUAUGGUGAUGGCGAAGCCUGGAACAGUGAAAGCACAUGACAAUGUGGAAGCAGCUGUCUACAUAUUGAGCAAGGAUGAGGGCGGCCGAGCCAAACCAUUCACAUCAUACAUCCAACUGCAAAUGUUCUCUAUGACAUGGGACUGUGCCUCACAGGUCUCUAUUCCAGACAAGGAAAUGGUGAUGCCUGGUGAAGAUGCCAAAUUACAUCUGCGGCUGCUGAAGCCUAUGGUUUGUGAGCCAGGUCAGCGUUUUACCCUUCGUUUAGGUGAUCUUACACUCGGAACAGGUGUUAUCACCAAAAUUAACAAAAAUUUGUCGGAAGAAGAAAGAAUUAUGCUGUUGGAGGGCAAGAAGGCACGAGAGAAGGCAGCUCUCAAGAAGUGAAUUAUAUAGUUUUAUUUUAAGUAUAGAAAAGUAGUUCCCGUUAAUAUUACGCAUUUACAAAUGUAAAUUUGAAAUUAAUAAAGUGAUCAAAAAAUUUUGCUU